AAAGAAUAUUCACAACAUAACACAUAAAAAACGUUAUUUAUUUUAAAUUAAUCCCAUCGACUUUAUUUUGAAUUUGACAUUAAGAAUAAAUCCAGAUUUGAUCGCAACAAUUUGGCAUUUACCUCACUUCCCGUUUUGAUGACGUCAUCCACCAUCGACCCCACAUACCGCAUACAGGAUUCAGGGAUAUCUGCAUGCCUGGUGGAUAAUAAAUACAUUAGUUUCUUUAUAAAAACGAGGCUUCAACAAGUUCACACUUACACUCACCUCAUUUUCAGUUAUUGCAUAUACCGAGGUGAAAUCGGCUUUUUAUUAACCGAAAGAGCUUUUUUUGCGACGACAGUUGGCGCUAACAUUAGCUAGCUUGCUAACGUUUUUUUACGUACUUUAACCAACUGCACGAAAAAAACAAUGAAGCGUACGGGCAGGAGACGGAGCUCUGUGUGGGACUGUUUUGAACAAGUGGGGAACUUUGUCCGCUGCAUGAAAUGUGACGCCACAUUGAAGUACUGCGGUGGAGCCACCAGCUCCAUGAUGAACCACAUGAGCAGGCACCACCCGUCCACGGCGCCGUCAGACGAAGACGAGAAGCCGGUGAUUUGCACCGUGCAGUGCAUCGAGGAAGAGAGCGCCGCUAAUUCGGACAUCAUGCAGGUCGCCAUCAUGUCACCCAACAUGAACACGACCACCAACCUCUCCGAGCGGGACUACGGGGAGAGGAAGCGCCUGAAGAGGAGCUCUGUGUGGGACAUUUUCAUCAAAGUGGACGAGGAGGUGCAUUGCACCAUGUGCGACACCAAACUGAAAUACAGGAGCAGCACCACCAGCAUGAUGUACCACAUCAAAAACAAGCACCCCGACACUAUGCCCAAUGACGGCGGGUCAGUGGCAACACAUGCAGAGGUGACUGAACUCAUCUCCAGAAUGAUAGAGAAGGACAUGCUUCCCAUCAACGUGGUCAGUGGGGAUGGUUUUCGUGAGCUACUUGCAUACACUGUGCAUCAUUAUAAAAUCCCAUCUGCUGCUGAUAUCACACGCCUUAUUGAAGGCCACUUCCAUGAGAAAGUGGAGGAGCUUGUAGUGCAGCUGGGGAAAGUGGAGAAAUUGGCGCUCACUGCCGAUUUGUGGACGGCCCUCCCAUUUCAGCGGUACAUCACAGUCUUCUGUUCGUUCAUAACAGAGGACUGGCAGGGAAGGUCUGCUGUGCUGCAGACACACAAGCUGCCGUCAGACAGCCACACUACUACAGACAGUGUCACAGAGAGGCUCCUUAGCACGGUGCAGACCUGGGGUAUUGCUGGGAAAGUGACUGCGUGUAUUCAUAACAGCACACGGGGCGUCUCUGCACCCCGCGCGUUUGUCCGCGUCACCUGGGACUAUGCCACUUGCUUUGCCACUACACUGCAGUUAGCAGUCAGUGACGGGCUGAGUGAGGAUCUAGUCCGCAUCAUCGUUGCCGCGGGGAAACUAGUCAAGCACUUCAACCAAGGUCUGCUGGCGAGUGAUGCCUUGGAGCUGAAGCAAGUGCAGAUGUGCCUGCCACAGCACAAGCUUAUCCAGUCGUGCAAAGCUAGAUGGGACACCAUCUGCGAUAUGUUUGAACGGCUACUGGAGCAACGGUGGGCAAUUAAAGCUGUGCUCUCUGAUCGCACGAUCACUAACAGACAGGAAGCCCAAACCCUCGAGAUCGAAGAUGAUUGCUGGCAAAUAAUUGAGAAUUUUACGCCCGUGCUGGCGACGCUGAAAUGGGCAACAACAAUCAUAUCCGCAGAAACAGAAGUGUCCAUUUCAAACAUUUACCCAAUCACAUUCAGCCUCAUUCAGACGCACCUUGUGCCAAAAGAGAAUGAUGUUGAACAAGUCUCUGAGUUCAAGCUGAAGGUUCAGGAUUCACUUAGAAAUCACAUGGAGGUUGACUCUAACGACCUAGCGUCCAAACCAGCUCUGAUUGCCUCUAUGCUGGACCCUCGUCACAAACACCUCAGUUUCCUGACGCCAACAGGGAGACUGGCUGCAAAGGUUAAACUGCACGAACUGGUUUCAAAAUUAGACGUGAUAACUACGACUGUGGGCCCAAAGGAGGAACAGCAGGAGAUCCUGGUCACACCUGAAAUUAGCCAGGUGACAAUGCCCUCGCAACUGAGAAGUGACACCAAAAACACCAUGAUGUUGCUCCUAGGAGACAACUACAGUUCCUCCUAUGCCACAGACUCUGAAGCUCAGGUAGAUUACUACUUGAGAGACAUUGCUCCGUCACUGGACAUAAACCCUCUUGAAUGGUGGAGGUUGAAUGGGCCGAGAUUCCCCAAAUUGGCCACUCUGGCGAGGCACUAUUUGUGUGUACCUGGGGUAUCACUGCCGUCUCUAUUGUCAGAGGCCGGACAAUCAUUUGCAACAAUGCGUACUAGAUUGAGCCCAGAGCAUGUUGACAUGAUGAUCUUUGUAAACAGAAAUGCAUAACUUCCAUGACAGCACAUGAUGGAGGUUUACUCCAACUUCCCAUGCCAAUAAUAGUAAAAGGUUACAGAGGAGGAGGAGGAGGU